AUGAUGAUCGAUAUUUGUGUUCCGUAUGAAGAUUUCGAGUACAAUGUGGUUGGACAUUACCGUGGCUACUUCAUCAUUGCUGAGCACAUUUUCAUGAUCUACCUCACUGUUUUAUACUUCCGAAUGCGUGCAAAUAAGACACCGACUGAAAUGUAUAUCAGCAAUUUGUUAAUCAUCGCCUGGCCACUCCUCCCUAUCCGAUUGAUCAAAGCUGCAUUCACUGCCUAUUUCCCGCUGGAAGCAUCCCAGAGCAACUUCCUAUGUCUACUCAUCCGCAUCGAAACCACUCUCCAGUACACCUUCACUCUUGCCCAUCUUCUGAUGCUGAACUACUUCUCCCGCGAAGUCAGAGUACAUAGAUCUGUCAGUUUUGAGGCCACAUCGAGAAUGAGAAAAACCCUCCACUGCUUCAAUUUAUACUCCCUCAUCACCUCAAUUCUAUUUGUAAAUCUUCAAAUUUCAUCUGGAAUUGUGAAAGUGUUCAGUUGUAUUUAUGCACUUUCAUUCGUUGUCUGCCUACCAAUCUACCUGAUCUCUCAUUUUGUGGCUCUCAUCAAAAGCACCUGCAAACGAUUCCUACGCGUCAUCCAAACAUUCCUAAUCCCUGCCAUAUUUCCCCAAUUCGCCAGUGACUAUCUCAUAACAUUUCGUUAUGUGACGGGCGUCCUAGCUGUCCGUUUCAUGGUUUCCAUAAUUUUCGCUUCGGGACCCUUGAUCCUUCUCCCACCGAUUCGACGACAGAUAUUCAGACCGAUUUUGAAGAGAAAACAGGAUAGAGUGGCGGCUGCUCCCGAAUUGAGAUCCGCUGAGCAGAUUCAAGUGUCGUUUGUGAAUUAA